AUGAUGUUAAUGGCACAGCAACUUGAACAGACCUCUGAAGUUGAGAAAAACAAAGAGAAGUUAGUUGUUGAGAGAAAGCAGUAUUUGGACACCAUGACCGCUGAUAGACAGAUGAUUGACAAGCAGCAGAAUGAGAUAAAAGCUAAGGAAGACGAGUUCAACUCGCUGAAAAAUCGAUUUAUAGAGUUCAGAACCAAAGCCAGGGCUGAGUCUGAUGAUUUUGCCGAAAAACUGGAAAAGUUAACUACUGCAAAUGGGAAAUUACAAGAACAGCUGGCUCAAAGCAUAGCAGAAAAUAACAUUCUCAAAAGAAACUUGGAGGAAGAGUCAGAGCGACUUACUAAGAAGGUCAGAGAAGCUCAUUUAGAGCUCAGGAACAAAGAUCAAGAAGUUCAGAAAUUGCAGCAAGAAAUUUCUAACUAUGACUGCAUUGUUACAGACUUGGAGAAUUCCAAAGACAAAAUUUUAAAGGAUCCAUUACUCGAGGCAGAGUUGUAUGGUAAGAAAGUUGAAAAACUCCUAAAUGAAGGUAAAGAGAAACAAGAGCUGGCAUAUCAGCUAGAGCAGGAACUGGAAGUUGUCAAAAUUCAGCUGAACCAGGAGAGGGGAAAGACAACUGCUCUGGAAGAAGAUUACGAGCCAGUAAUCAGAGCACUGCAGGGCCAACUGGAUGCAGCAAAAGCUUUGAACUAA